UCCAAACAGCGCUGGAUGCGGUGCAUGUUACGUGGGCUCUCGAUUGAAAGGGGUUUUCCAUUUUUCUUUUUUCAUACAGAUGAUUUUUUAAGUAGCUAAACAACUGAGCGACGUGAAAUGCACUCUCGGGAGGAUCAGCAAAAUCCACCGUUUAACCUGAAAUAAUUUACUUUCUGUUCUCUCUAAAAGGAAGUUAGCGCGAGUGGGAACCUGGAUGUGUUAUAAUGGAGACGAGAGGGGAUGAAGAGGCUGCAGAUGGCCAACACAUCCAUCCGUCUGGUGGAAAUGAGUCUUCCACUGAUUCAAGACUGGACAAAUCCACAGAGAACAUGGAUGUGGAUGAAGAUGAUCUGUUCAAACACUCCACAACUCUGACCAACAAGCAGCGUGGGAACGAAGUUUCAGUACGACCAGCAACAUUAGAUUCUCUGUCCAUACAUCAGCUGGCAGCCCAGGGAGAGGUCUCACAGGUGGCUGCACACCUCAGUAAAGACGGUUCGCUGCUCAGCAGACAGGAUGAACGAGGCUUCACGCCUCUCAUGUGGGCAGCAGCGUUUGGAGAGAAAGCAGUGGUAGACUUUCUCUUGGAAAAGGGUGCAGACCCAAAAACAAUUGCAAGGGAGCGAGAGAGUGCCCUAACCCUUGCCAGCUCUGGAGGUUAUGUGGACAUUGUUGAGUCUCUUCUCAGACAUGGAGUUGACAUUAACACCUAUGACUGGAAUGGUGGAACUCCUCUUCUUUACGCUGUAAGAGGAAACCAUGUCAAGUGUGUAGAAGCACUAUUAGCCAAAGGAGCAGAUAUGACCAUUGAGUCAGACUCUGGGUACAGUCCAAUGGCCUUAGCUGUUGCCCUUGGACACAAAAAAAUUCAGAAGGUUUUGGAGGACCACAUCCUGAAACUCUACAAGCCACCAACAUGACACAUGUUGAACUUAAUCCAUAAAAGACAUUCUGACACAUCUUAUCUCCGAUUCACGAGCAGCUGUUGGCGAUGAAGACAAAUGUUAUGACUUUUCAACAUGACAGUUCAGCCCAUAUGUAGAAACAUUUACAUACAAAACUGCAUUUCCUAAUUGAUCAGAUUUUCAUUCCAUUUAAAUGCAUAUGUUUGUAUGUCUGACAUUGUAUGUUUAAAGGGGACCUAUUAUGGCAUCUAAUACCUACUAAACAGGCCUUGAAUGUCUUAAAAACAAGCUUUUGAUUGUUUUUGCUAAAUAAAUUAGAAAUUCAGCCUCUAA